AUGAAAGACAUCAUGACACAAAUCGCAGAUAUUAAGAUGAUGAUUUUAAGUUCCCUUUUCCUGCCCCUGUGUCUGCUCGGCAGUUUUGGCAUGGCGAACGAAGAAAAAUGGAAAUCGACUAUGGACCCUAUAGGUUCCUACCGUUCCCCCUCAUGUCUCCCUAGGCUUUCACCCGAGGACUAUAUUAUAUCCGCGGCUCGCCGAGGGGUGGCUAUCAUUCAGCACUACACUAAAGCUCAGCCUCGCCAGACUUUUCUUUUACCGACCAACUAUGAUAUCCUUCCGUCUAAGCACACUUCGCUACUUUCGCAAUUCUUAUGGUGUUCCGACGCUAAGACAUCCCGAUUUAAGUCUAAGCAACAUUAUGUUGGCACCUGGUUCGACCAAAAUCAUCAGUAUUAUCGAUUAGCAGAAUUCUAUGAUAUUCCCCCGCUUUAUAUAAGCAGUAUGCAUAUUCCGUCUCUUCUCAAUGCUUUCGAUGAGAUGGGAAUCGAACAGCAGAUAUAA